CUGUUAUAUACAGUCGUUAUAAGAAUAACUUCGUUCGCUCACACAGCAGGAAUUAUAUACUACCAACUAUCGUCUACUACCUCUUAAGGAUUGAAUUUCUACCACAAUGAGAAACGCCGUAUCGUUCGUCGCCUUGGCUGCUGGCCUCAGCCAGGUCACAGCCACCGGCUUCGGAUUCAGCGACGCUCCCAAGUUUAGCUGCCCGGACAACACCAACAACACCUGUACCCCCGACAUCGCCGGCGGUCUUAACUGGUCCGACCUUCCUACCGGUGGAUUCUCCUCAUACAAGGGAUUCACAUGGAGCGGCUUUACUUGCGCUUCGUCCUUCGGCAAGCGAGACCAGCUGGUAGGCCGAGGCAGCUUCCAGAGCAAGUGCAUCACCGGAAAGGCCACUUCGGACAGCAGCAGCAGCCCUAAGAUCAGCUGCGACAAGAGCAAGGGUGUCUCCAAGACCUCCAUCACCACCUUCCAGGUCACUCCCGAGUUCGACUGUGACCUAGAGUUCCACUACUCUAUGCCUGACGGAUCUACUUGCAAGCACCGAUCUGCUUGCAAGGCCUCCGGUACCACCGUCGAGAACACCCAGUGCGGUGGUGCUACCGACGUCACUGUCGUCUACCCUUCGCAGCCCUCCAAGCCCAAGGACUCCUGCUCUUUCGGCAUCCACUCCAUCGGCUUCGACUGCUCUGGCCCUAAGCCCUCCAAGCCCGCUCAGAGCACCUACAGCGUGAGCACCCCGACCUACGCCACCAGCAAGCCUAGCAAGUCUUCUGUCGCUUUUAGCUCUGCGGUUCAAUCCAGCUACUCUGCCAGCAUUCCCGCUGUCUCUUCUUACUCUGCUAGCUUCCCCACUGCCAGUGCCAGCGCUAGCUCCAGCUUCUCGGUCAUCCAGUCCAGCUCUUUUGCUGUUGGGUCUAGCUCCUCGGCCGUUGCCUCCAGCUCCUACGCUGUUUCCAGUGCCGUUUCCAGCGCUUUCAGCUCCGCCAGCGUAGCUUCCAGCUCGACCGUUGCCGUCGGUUCUAGCAGCACCGAGGCUGCCUCUUCGUCCGCGUUCUCGGUUACCAGCUACAUGACCACUUCCACUGUUUUCACUACUUCCGUCCAGACCAUCACCAGCUGUGCUCCUACUGUCACCAACUGCCCUGCUCACUCUACUGCUCUCACCACCGUCACUGUUCCGGUUUCUACCACUGUCUGCCCCGUGACUGAGACCCUCGGUGUUUCCUCAGCCGUCUCUUCCGCUGGUCCUUCUGCUGGCUCUCCCGCUGCCUCUAGCCCCGCUACUCAGGCCACUGGAUACCCCACUGCACCCGCUGGGUCUGCCGCCUCUGAGUCUUCUCCCGCUCAGGCUACGUCCGUCCCUGCUGGUUCCGGCGUCGUAUCGACCCCCGUUGCCUCUUCCGCUACCUCGCCUGCUGGUUCCAGCGGUACCAGCCCUGCCGGCCCCGCCGAGACUCUCCCUUGCCCUGGUGUCGUCCCCUCUUGCUUGAACACCUGGAUGUUCAGCGUUGGCUGCAAGGACAACACCGACGCCGCCUGCUACUGCCCUGACGCCACCUUCACCAAGAACAUCUUCAACUGCAUGUACGCCUACGGUGAGUCCGACGAGGUCAUCUCUGAGGCCAUCAGCUACUUCCAGGGUAUUUGCGCUCCUUACGCUGGCAGCAACCCCGGCAUUGCCACUGGUGCCCAGACCAUCACCUCUGUCCUGACCGCCACUGCCCCCGCUCCUACUGGUGCCGUCACCACCAUCCAGGUCGCUACCACUGUCGUUGUUCCUUGCACCAACGCGGCUGGCGAGACCAUCCCCAGCUCCAGCAGCACCGUCACCGUUAGCACCAGCCUGACUGUCCCCGGUGUCGCUUUCAGCACCAUCACCUCCGGCGCUAGCUCCACUGGUGUCGCUGUCGUCCCUGGCACCUACGCCACUGCCCCCGCUGCUGCCCCCACUGCUGGAACCGCGACUGCCACUCAGGGCGCCGGUAGCGCUGCUCCUUACCCCAUCGCUGGUGGCUCCACCACUCUCGUCACCGCUGCUCCUUCCGGCACUGGUGUCGUCUACCCGACCUCCGCGUCGCCUUCCUCGCCUUCCUCGGCGAUCGUCACGGCCGGUGCCGCUCACCUCGGCGCUGGUAUGGGUCUCGUCGGCUUCGUCGGCAUGAUCAUCGCCGCCGCUCUAUAAAGCAGCAGCAACAUCUAGCAACAUGAAAAUUCUAGAAAGAGCAUAAAACAAACCCCACACAGCAAGCCUCGCAGGCAAAAACACAACCAUUUCCUUCUUUGUAUAACAAUGACCAUCGCCGUCAACAACAUAAGAUUCUUACGAUCCUUACGAAACGAACAAUUGCAUAUUUUUUUAUUGGGAGAGAGGAGGGGAAACCUGGAAAAAGGGACAGAUUUUUUGGGGUUUUUCUUCUCUACUUUUUAAUACCACCCGGCACACAAUCAAACAAAAAGGUCAUCUUUAAAACGUGGUAGCUCAGUAGAGGUUUCGCCUCUCCGUUUCCCGGCUCCCUUGCGAUGGCGAGGGUUAAGGGGCGAGAGGUUAGACGUGGCUCGAGAUGGGGGCUCGUAUGUUAAACCCGUAUGAUGCGCUUCCCUUUGGGUGCGAGGAAGGAUGUGUGUAAAAAGCGUGGAUGGACCCUGUAGUAAUAGUAAUACCCCCAGUUAAGAAACUCGCUGAGCUUGAGAA